AUGUCACUGCGCUCUCACGGGACUACAUUCACGAGUAUCCACCGUUCUGCAUACAUUCCACAAUAUUCUGGUCACAGUCUCACCGUCACCGACGCUCCACGCUCAGCACGGAGAAGGCCCGUGUGCCGCAGCGCAUCACUCCUGUUCGGGAUGGGGAGGACCAGACCCGGAGCCGUGGAUCCGUGGAGCCGUGGAUCCGUGGCCGCUUAUCCUGCAGCUGAGCUACAGCCGCGUCCAGCCGCAGCUUCACCUCGGCGCCAAGGACAUGCCCUCCUCCUCCUCCUCCCGGUGCCGCUCCGGACCAGCGCGAGCACACACACGCGCACCGGGCCCCCGUGCGCGUCUGCGGAGCAGGAGGAGUCACAUCCGAGUGUGAAGCAUGGAGCUAUGGUAGGGGAGAGGAGAGAGGAGCAGAGGGGAGAGGACGUAAGGAGACGAGAGGAAGAGAGAGGACGAGAGGAGACGAGAGGAGGAGAGAGGACGGGAGGAGAGAAGGCGAGAUGA